AUGCCGGAGUUCACACCUCAAGAGUGGAUCCAGCCAUCCAGCCAUGAACACUUCUCCUGGGUACCGUUGUUUGUAGUGAAAUUGAUUCUCAGCUGUAUGAAGGCAGAUGGGGAGGACGGGGAAGAGGAUGGCGACAAGGACGGAGAUGAAGGCCACAUGGACCGGAAUGCCUUCAGAGAUGGGGUCGCACUGCCACUUCAGCGGGUUCUGAAGGAUGACAAGGAUGAAGAAGAAGAGUUCAGUGAAGAAGGUCAAUGGAAGUAUGGCGAGCAUGUCUCUCAGGAGUGCAGCAUUCAGAUCUGGAUGUCUUUUGGCGCCGCCUGGAAGGAGGGCGACGUCAUCGGCGUCCUCUUCUCUGCCAAGGAUGGCACUGCCAAUCUCUCCUUCUCCCUGAACGGAUCCUUCACGGCGCCGAUGGGUCAGGCUUUCUCGAUCGACCUGACGGAGGAGAUGACGCUAGCCAUGGUCCUGGCCUCCGGUGAUGAAGGAGAGAUCAACGUGAACCUGGGGCAGCGGCUCUUUCAAACGUGCCCGUCGAUGGAGGGGGAGCAGGAGCCCCGUGUGCGCGGACUUGGCGAGGCCAUGCGCAUGCGGCCCGCCUGGAAAGUGCAACUCCCCAAGGGCGUCAAGGCAUGGCCUGUCUUUGAAGAGCCGUCGCGCACCUCCAAGGGCCGAAAGCCUCUCGAGGAUAAGGCGGAGGUUGACCAACUCCACAAUGCGGAGGACAACUGGGUUCAGAUCAUGGAAGGCUGGGUGCAGACGCGGAUGAUGGUGGCCGGCACGGAGUACGAAGCCCUCAAGCUGCGACCCCUCUGGAGUCCGGUGGACCCUCCACGCAAGAAGAAAGAAGCCAGGAAGAAGCGCCAGCAAACCAUCUUCGCCACGUUUGACACAGAGUUUUGCGAGACUCGCAACUGGCAAUUCACAGGCACGGACCAAGCCGUUGCACAAGGGGGGCCAGACUUGCUGGUAAGCGCAGAAUCUGCCAGUGCCGGACUCCUGCGAUGGCUUUUGAAGAUCGACGAGGGCAACGACGCCGUCGAGGUGGGUGUGGUGCCGGUCAGUGAGGUGGAGGAGCCCGGAUACCUGUUCAACACCGGUCAGUGUGGCCUGAAAUCUGAGAACGUUAGCGGGGGAGAAAGUGGAGGCGAGCAAAAGCCUACGUGGCCGAUCUACCAGAAGUUUGUGGAGAUCAUCUGCGAUGUGGACCGCAAGAAGGUCUCAUUCCACGUCGGGAGCAAGAAGGACAACCUGCAGGAGGUGAAGACCCUCGAGCUGCCCUACGAUGAGGAGGUGAAGCUGGCAAUCACCGGCUGGAGCGGAACCCGUGUGCGCUUGGAGCCCCCGCAGAAGUGGAUGGGAGGAGAGGAGUCCGACUCCGACUCCGACUCCAAUGCCGAGGAGGACGAGCAGUUCUCCAACACCUGCGGGAAUGUGGUGCAGCCUUCGACGUGGCAUGUCGCCUCAAUCUGCGUGGAUUUGGAGAAGCGGCAGGAGAUGCAGAUCAUCCUCGACGGCGAGCACCAUUUGGUGGCAAGGGAUCCGAGCCUCUUUGCUCCGGAAGGCCUCUUCAGCAUCGAUCCGACUGAAGGUGUGGUGCUCUUUGGGAGGCGGCGAGCUGGAAAGAUCGUCGAGCGGGAGUGGCGGCUCGGCGGCCACCUUCGGCAGAUGCGGAUGGAGUCGAAGUUUCUGUCCGUGGCCGAGGUUUGGGGCCAACAACUGCCAAAGGGCGUCUGGGGUUGCCGGACUUGUGGCUCGCGGAGCCCUGCGGAUGUCCGAAUCUGCUGGAGCUGUCACACGGCGCGGCAGAAGAGUGCUGCAAGGCCGCCCAGCGACGCGGACCCGCGCCACGAGGGUCUCACGGUCCUGGUGGCCGAUUCCUUCAAGGACCUGGUGCUGGAGUCGAAAGAGCACGUGUUUGUGCUGAUCUACGCGCCCUGGUGCGAAGCCUGCCAGGAGGUGAAACCUCACUGGAGGAAGCUGGCGAAGAUGCUGAAGGGGUCGAGCAACAUACGCAUUGCUAUGAUGGACUCGGAUGAGAACGAUGUGCCCAACCGCUUCUUCCCAGAGUCUUUCAUACCCAAUGUGAAGCCCAGCGCUGAGCAUCUUGUCAAUUCCUGGGCACAUGCUUUCCGGGUUCGCUCUGGCCAGCGGUUCCGACCGGCUUGCAAGGAGCUCACAAGACUCAUCAAGCUGGGCGUUCCACGGAACGAGGCGGCCGGAGUGGCAGCUCUGGCCGAGGCCGUGGCAGCAGACGGCCCCGAGCCGCUGUCGGACCCUCUCACGCUGCUGCGGUUCUAUAGGGCUCGCGACCGUGACGUGGAAGCCGCUGCGAGUAUGUACAAAGACACCCUGGAAUGGCGCGCAAGCUACUCCAUUCCCAAGGUCAUGGAUGCUUACGGCAAGCCCGGGCAGUACAAGGCAGACUCCAGCCGUGCUACGGACACCGCCGAUUGGACGUGGGUGUGUGCUCCGCAUACCCCCGAGUCGCAACUUGCCAUGCGCCAUGCAUUCUUCGGUCGCUUGUCCACCAAAGUCGCGGACGAGCCCAUCUUGAUCUGGCGUGCUGGAAGUGCAGACUACCAGGGGAUGGUGCGAGAGGGUUUGGUGGAUCUAAUGACACAGGCCUUCGUCGUCCACUUGGAGGACACCCUUCAAGCUGCACGCGCCGCCUCCUUGAGAAGACGUGAGCUAGUUCGCGCCCGUCUCAUCAUCGACUGCGAGGGCUUCGGUUUCGACAACGCUCGCUAUAUCCCCAUCUUGCGGAAGAUCAUCGGCCUCGGCAAGUCAUACUUUCCUGAGGUUACUGCCUCGGUGACUGUGGUGCGUGCACCUGGCUUCCUUGCAACCUUCUAUGGCCUCCUCAGGCCCCUUUUGCCUAAGCUGCUGCAAGAGAAGGUCUGCAUACUGGGCAACGACUUUGCAGACGGCUUGCGGAAGCAUACAGGGCUGGACCUCGCAAUCUUGCCUACCUUUCUGGGCGGGAGCGUGACGGAAACUGGGAUCGGCGAAGUCCUUCCCGUCCCGCAGGAUGCCUGGAGCACUCGCUCCAAGUGA